AUGGCUGAAGAAGAUAAACCAGGGCAGCCCAGCCCGGGAUCAUCCCGACCUACGGUGCGUGGCUCGUCCAUUUGGAGAAAACUUAUCCAGCGAAACCUUCGGCGGACCCAUGAGAAAGUUUUAGACCAUGGAAGGCUGGACCCGUUUAGAUUUUUGAAAGAGGAGGAAAUAAAGGUCUUUUACUCCAACCACUCACCCCAUCCUGAUCGGAUGAUAGACAAUCAGAUCUUUGCCAGAUGGGCUAUCGAGGAAGCCCUGCGUGAAUAUUUGGCCGAUACCCCAUUCGAAAUAACUGGUGGAAUUAUGCUGGGAAAAUCUGUCAAGAUGAAUACCGGUAAACAAAAGGCCCUCCAGGAAAUUACCGAGACCAUCAAAGCCGAAAGCCAGCGUGAAAUCGAUGCUGAGGACCCGAACGGCCCCAAAGAGACCGACAGUGAGGUUGUUCAGGGAGUUGGAACGAUAGCGCAAUGCAUAAUUGCAGCAUCUCCCAAUAGUCUUGGGCCCCCGGUCGAAGCGAGCGCCAUGUAUCUACGAAUGAAGAAAUGCGGCGAAUACGGCCGGAACAAGUUGGCAAUAUGGCAAUCGCCUCUAUUCCCUAAACUGGAUGGCCAGGAGGGACGUAGAGGAUUUCUCGACAACCAAAUCACAGCAAUCGUCUGGAUAUUAUCGAGGUUCUUAGGAGAACUCCCGCGACUUAAGAUAAAGCGUAAAGAGCUUUGGGAUGCAACCAAGAAAAGAUAUAUCCAAGAACCCGAAACACAGAUCGAGAAGGAGAACAGAGAGAAGCUGCGCGGUCCCAAGUAUUUCGGUGGCAUCCUCGCGGAUUCAAUGGGCCUUGGGAAGACCUUAACUACCAUUGCUACCUUAGACAUCCUAGCAAGUCAGAGGUUGAACGUGCCAAUAGAAGAUGGCAAAGCGCGAUACCGCCCAAUCCUAAUCCUGACGCCAAAUACCACUGUUGCCACACAGUGGAUGGACGAAAUCAACCUGAUUGGAAGCGAACGUGGGAUCAAGCAAAUCAUAAUAUCCGGUCAUGGCUUUCAGAAGAGAGAAGACCAGAAGAGAGACAGUCGGGAGAGAGGCGGCCAGGAUCGGGUUUGCAGCCUCACUCGGAAUGAAUUUGACACGGCUUGGCCAUCUUCGUUAAGUUAUGUCUGGGAUGAGGAUAACUUUUUGGCGGCCAAGACUGUGAUUAUCAUGUCAAUUGAUACGUUCUCUGGGAGAACGUGCUCCGUCCUGAAGGAUGAAAAUGGCAACGAAACAUGGACUUCUACCUAUGCAGACAUGCGCCGACGGUUUUCGGUUGUAGUUAUCGACGAAGCCUACAAGGUCCGGAACACGGCUACAAGGAACUGGAAGUCUGUGGCUCUCCUUAAACGCCAAUUUACACUUUUAAUAACAGCUACCCCGUGCCAGAACCAUAUAACGGACCUCCUAGGUCCCAUCCAGAUGCUUUGGGAUAACCCGCAAGGGCACUUAAGCGAGAAAGGGGUGUUAGAAGACAUCCAAGCAAUAUUUACGGAUCCUCAUGAUUUACGAUGUCUUGACAACUUAUCACCUAGAGAUGACCGCUACCUCAUCGCGGGAAGCCCGGCUUUACUAGCAAAGUUGAUCUACAAAUUCAGGGGAUCUUCUCCUAUUGACAUCCAGGAGACUCGAAAGUUUUUGAAAUACUUUGAAUCAUUAGCGAUUUUGCGAAGGGCGCCCAGUUCGCGAUUGAAUGUCGACUGGGAGAGUACUAAACAAAUUUCUUUGGAAGGAUUAUUACCUACCGUCGAUAACUAUACAGUCAAUAUCCAACGCGACGAAGCUAUAGAGAAGGAAUACCAGGAAAUACAUAUCAACUUACUGAUUGAUUACCUGAAAGCAGUCAGUAACUGGAGAAAAACCAAGAAAGACGCAGAUGUGAAACCUGUACUCUGCUUGCACCGUCUAUUCCAGCUCGCUGCCGCUUCUCUUGAUGUGCAUCGGCUUGAUAAGCUCUUUGCACGCAACGGAUUUGGCACUCUCUCCCAGGAUGUCCAUGCCAUGCGUAAAGCAAAUGUCAACUUCAUGCAUCUCUCCCCGUUUCUCCUCGAGAAGCAUGAUUCGAAGCCCAAAGUAGCCCUGGAUUAUAUCAAGUUGGCGGUGCGCAAGUCGCCAAUUUUGCGAUACAUCCUUUAUUAUAUUAAGGAGAACCUCUUAGGUAGGGGACCGAACGGCAAGAUCAAGAAGCUCUUGAUUACCGAAGCAAGUCCUAUGUUAGCAUACUACUAUGAGCUUGUUCUCCAGUUCCUCCUCAUCCAUUGUCGUACCCUUCAUGCUGGUCUAUCAUCUGAGGAACGUAGAGAGCUUAUCGCCGACUUCAACAGCGAUUCAGACCAUUCAUGCCAGGUUCUGAUACAGAUGUACACCGUCGGCUUCGCGGGGUCAAACCUGCACAAAAGCUGUUCACAAGUCAUAGUCGCAUCGCAGGCUUUUAGUCUGUCUGUUCAAUCUCAGGCUGUACACCGCGUCAUUCGAGUCGGUCAAGAAUCCGACGUAACGGUACAUAGAUUGAAGGUCAACAAUUCAUUCCAUUCAUUCCGCGAGAGUCGACAGGUCGAGAAGAUUCUUCCUGAGCUAGGAACUCGAGCACAGGGGUCAAUGAACGACGUCCUAGUGCAGGUGCUUAACCUCUUUCAAUCUGAGAUAGACGAAGUGUGGAAGACACCAGAGGCUCAGAAGCUCAUAGCGGACGAGGACUUAAUCUCCAGUCCUAUGGCAAAUUACGAGGAGCCGGACUCUAAGCGGAUCAAACUGGAGGAUGGAAGCGCUGUACAGACCGAAGCGGCCCGGGAACAACACAUUGUGCGUAUUAAACUACCCCUUAAGAGAAAGCGCGAGAGAGAUGAACAUGAUAUCUCGACUACCGGUCUGUUUAGGAGACGACGGGGGGAUUUUCUCGCCCUCAAGUCUCGCUCUGACUAUUACAAGGAAUUCAAAGAAUUUCCCAUGGAGGUGAGGGGCUACUUCUGUCACAAGAAGAAUAAUCUUCGCAGGAUGCUAUCGUACGGCAGUGAAGACAAUAACGCGACUACACGCGUAUGGGCAGUCGAGGAUCUUAAUGACUCUCCUGUACUCGAGAGAGCUAUGGAACUUAUACUACGCAUUCGGCUCGGGGCGAACAAUAUUGAGAUGUUACCUCUGCCGCAAAUCGACUUCUCGCUGGCCCCUCCGAGAAAGCUAAAGGAACUCGCGGGCCUACUAAGCGAAACUAAGGCCAUAGAGCAGGAUAUUCAAGUCGCACAAGACGCGGACGCAAAGAAGUCAAAGAAAGAUAAGGGCUUAGCCGUUCUAAAAGUAAUGAACGACAGGAUGCCCAUGCAUGAACUUGAGCAGAUGCUUAAGGACAACGCUUUUGGCAAUAAGUAUAGCAAAACUCCUUCGAGCACAUCUACGGCGCCUAGAAUAAUGAAUGAGGAUUCAGAGGCAGAGGAAGAAGAUGAUGAUGAGAAGGAGGAUUUUACCCGGGAUGGAUCGUCUCAGCCUAGGAAAUUCUAUGCUGACGACGAUGAGAAAGAUGACUUGUGGGAACGACUUGGAGCUGCGUCCGGUAGUGGCCAGGUCAAGACCACAAUAGAAGACUCAGAUGAGCUUACAUUUUUGAGUUCCCAGCCGGUCCGCAAGGCCAAAGACCCAUCUCAUAACCCAAGUGACCUCGUAAAUGAUGAAUCCACCAGGACCAAGAUCAAACGAGAAGAUUCGGUCGAUAGCAUGACGACAUUUCCGAACGAUGGCGCGUCCAGGCGCAAAAUCAAGGAAGAGAGCCCUGAGAGAGGCGUAAGCAACGUGGCCAGACCGUCGGAUAGCCUCACUACCGAUACUCACGAAUCGAUCGUGAUCGAGAUUAGCGACGACGACGACGACUGGGUUCGUCCCGUAUACCGUCGUAUCAUGGGAUACACACGUUCGGCCGUUGGUUAUCUCACGCCAGGAUCAUCUUGAGGGUUGACAGGCCCACAUGGUGGC